UCUGAGGUAAAUAGGUGCUGAACGCAGGUCUACGCCCUACAAGCGCGUCGGAGAGAGCUCUGUGUGGUCUAUAGUGGAGCGGAGGAACAUCGAUAGAUUUCCAUCAUGCAUAAGUCUGAGGCACCCAAGGAACCUGAGCAACUUCGCAAACUUUUCAUUGGUGGUUUAAGCUUCGAGACUACAGACGAGAGCCUCCGGAACCAUUUUGAACAAUGGGGCGCCCUAACAGACUGUGUGGUCAUGAGGGAUCCAAACUCAAAACGGUCUCGUGGCUUUGGGUUUGUUACCUAUUCUACAACUGAAGAGGUUGAUGCCUCUAUGAAUGCAAGACCACAUAGGGUUGAUGGUCGCAUGGUGGAACCUAAGCGAGCCGUUUCCAGAGAGGACUCUCAAAGACCAGGCGCACAUCUGACAGUCAAGAAAAUCUUUGUUGGGGGGAUAAAAGAGGACACUGAAGAACAUCACUUAAGAGAUUAUUUUGAACAAUAUGGAAAGAUAGAAGUCGUUGAGAUAAUGACAGACCGGGCUAAUGGCAAGAAAAGAGGCUUUGCCUUUAUUACGUUUGAAGACCAUGAUUCAGUCGACAAAAUUGUCAUUCAGAAAUACCACACCAUUAACGACCACAACUGUGAAGUAAGAAAAGCUUUAUCCAAGCAAGAGAUGGCCACAGCAUCUGCCAGCCAAAGAGGACGUGGUGGUGGUGGAGGAAGCUUUGGCCGUGGCGGUGGUUUUGGUGGCAAUGACAGCUUUGGUGGCCGUGGAGGAAACUUUGGAGGAAGUAGGGGUGGUGGUUUUAGUGGACGUGGUGGAUAUGGAAGUGGUGGUGGUGGCGGCGGUGGUGAUGGCGGCUACAAUGGAUUUGGCAGUGAUGGCUAUGGAAACAACCCACCAUACUCUGGCAACCGUGGAUAUGGAGGUGGCCAAAGUUAUGGAGGAGGCCAAGGUGGUUAUGGCGGAAGCAGUGGUGGCUAUGAUGGCUACAGUGGCGGAGGAGGCGGCGGAAGUGGAUUUGGUGGUGGAAAUGGAAACUUUGGUGGCAGCGGUGGUGGUGGCGGCGGUGCCAGCAACUUCAAUGACUUUGGCAGCUACAAUAACCAGUCGUCAUCAAGCUUUGGGCCAAUGAAAGGUGGAAACUACAGUGGAAGAAAUUCUGGACCUUAUGGUGGUGGUGGCUAUGGAGGUGGGUCCACUGGCAGCAGUGGUUAUGGUGGUGGAGGAAGAAGAUUUUAAUGUGCUUUAGGAAAUGCUUAGCAGGAGAGGACAGCCAGGCAAGCGACAGGUUACUACACAAGUUGAAAUCAGCCAAGCACAGUUGUGGCAGGGCAUAGCUGCUACAUGAAGAAAUGUUAGCAAAUCAUUAUGUGUGAGGAAAAACACAGGAAGAAUUAUGAAGACUUAAUAUUAUGUAUUGUGGAAGUUUCAAGCAUUCCUAGGACUGGGUUUUAUUGUAUAGGACAUUUUUAGUUUAUUUUUUUUUUUUUAUUGUAAAGACAUGACUCUUAAUAAAUGUGUCCCUUCUUUUUUU